AUGCAACUGUUCGCCAUGCUGUGCUUCGUGAUGCUUCUCGCCUUCUCGGCCGGUCAGAUGACGUUCACCGACCAGUGGACCAAGAAAAGAGCCAUGCUGCACAAGUCGCAGUUGUGAGUUUGACUUCCCAAAGAGUCCAACGAUGCGAUCCGGCGCUAUUCGAUUAAUCCCACUCUGGCAAACAUCCGUGGAUAAUCCAAUCGGUGCUGCAGACCUUCUGAUUUUUGUUAUUAUACAAAAAAGGGAUGUAACUCGAAAACAUUCCGACCAAAGCUCUUUCUUUUUCGUGUCCAUAUCAGAUUGCCAUUAAAAUGCGAGCAGACGUCUCGUUUCACCUGCCCUCCGAUUCUCGAGCCCUUCUCUUUUCCGACUAGUGGCCUAACUUUUGCGUGGGGCGAUCUCUAGGCCAAGUGUAUUCACACUCGGAAUUAUAAAACGCGAUACGCUUCAAAGCGCGAAAAACUUUUCCAGAAUUAUUCAAUCUCAUUAGGAAGAGUGUUUUGCGUGCAGAAAGUGAAUCACAAAUCGCACGUACUCGCUCUCAUUUCAGCCCAGUGGUGACUCCGGAAGAGCCCGCGUGCCCGUCGGAUCGAGUUCAAGAGGUCUUCGAUCAGCUGGACCGUCUCCAGAAGGCCCAACAGCGUCUCACAGAGUACCUCGCCUCGUGCGCCUACCCGGUCGCCCCGGCUCCGCAGCCAAAAGACCAUUGA